AUGUAUUCCUGGAAGAAUAAGUUCAAAUUUGGGAAGUCCAAGGAGGAAAAGGAAGUCAAGCACACGUCUGGAUUUUUCCACCACAAUGACGCUAAGCAAGAAGAGGCCUCAUCUCAUAAGAACUCGGAUAUGUCUCGUAAGGAGACCAUCACUGAUGAUUCACCUUCAGUGAUAGCUCCAAUGCGUUCUUCAAGAGAUGCCUCGUCGACUGCUACCUCUACAACCAAUUUAUCCGAUGAGCUAAGUCAGUUCAGUAAUAGUGGCCCUGAAAUCAAUGAAAAUGUUGAUCAACAUCAGGAUAUCGCAGGUUCCCAACCCAUACCAAAUACGUCGACUUCUUCUAGUGGUGUGAUGACUAUCAAGGUCUAUAAUGGUGAUGGGUUUGUUUUACCUUUCCCAAUCACUGCUAACAAUCAGAUUUUAUCGAAAUUAUUGAAUUCCGGAGUAGCUCAUGCGGAACAGCAUUCUUCUCAACCUCAUGCGGUGAAUGUGGAUCAAUUGAUUUCACAGUUGUCUCGUGUUACUAUCAAUAAUCAAGGUCCAGGAGAUGAAUCUCUAAUACCAGAUGAAAUAUCUUCAAAGUUUAUCCCUGCAACAAUUUUACUCCCAGGCUCAAAUAAAUUAAAUCCCUUAUUAUAUUUCACUAUUGAAUUUGAUAAUACAGUGGCUACAAUUGAACCAGAGUACGGGACCAUGGAACAGCCUAUCUUUAAUAAGAUAUCUACCUUUGAUGUUACAAGAAAAUUAACCUUUUUGAAAGUCGAUGUCUUUGCAAGAAUUCCAUCUAUACUGUUACCUUCAAAAACAUGGCAACAAAAGAUGAGUGCAUCCGAUGAAAAACUGAAAGGUAUGCUAGAAAAGAUUAAUUGGAAUGAAGAUAUACAUUUGGAUACUUUCCAUUUACCAAUUAAUUUACAGAUUGAUUCUGCUGCAAAUAUCAGAUUAUAUAAUCACCAUUGGGUCACUUUGGAUAAUGGGUUUGGUAAGAUUAAUUUAAGUGUUGAUUAUAAACCUUCUAAGAAUAAACCAAUUACGAUUGAUGAUUUUGAUUUAUUAAAAGUAAUAGGUAAGGGUUCAUUUGGUAAAGUUAUGCAAGUGAGAAAGAAGGAUACCCAAAAGAUAUACGCCUUAAAGGCGAUUAGAAAAUCUUACAUUGUGUCUAAAUCAGAGGUGACACAUACUUUAGCCGAAAGAACUGUCCUUGCAAGGGUGGAUUGUCCAUUUAUUGUUCCAUUAAAGUUUUCUUUCCAAUCUCCGGAGAAAUUAUAUUUUGUGUUAGCUUUCAUCAAUGGUGGUGAAUUGUUUUACCAUUUACAAAAGGAAGGAAGAUUCGAUUUAUCUCGUUCAAGAUUUUACACAGCUGAAUUAUUAUGUGCUCUUGAGACAUUACAUGAUUUGGAUGUCAUUUACCGUGAUUUGAAACCAGAAAAUAUCUUACUAGAUUACCAAGGUCACAUUGCCCUUUGUGAUUUCGGUUUGUGUAAAUUAAACAUGAAAGAUGAGGAUAAGACCGAUACUUUCUGUGGUACACCGGAAUAUUUGGCUCCGGAACUGUUAUUGGGCCAAGGUUACUCUAAAGUGGUUGAUUGGUGGACUUUGGGUGUCCUGUUAUACGAAAUGUUGACUGGUCUACCUCCUUAUUAUGAUGAAGAUGUACCAAAGAUGUACAAGAAGAUUCUACAAGAACCACUGAGGUUCCCCGAUGGAUUCGACAGGGAUGCCAAGGAUCUAUUAAUUGGAUUGCUAAGUAGGGAUCCUACCAGAAGACUAGGUCGUAAUGGUGCUGAUGAAAUCAAGAAUCACCCAUUCUUCAGUCAAUUGUCUUGGAAACGUUUAUGGAUGAAGGGUUAUAUUCCACCAUAUAAGCCACAUGUAAGUAAUGCAGCUGACACUAGUAAUUUCGACCAAGAAUUCACAAAGGAGAAACCAGUCGAUAGUGUUGUCGAUGAAUUCCUGAGUGAGAGUGUUCAGAAACAAUUCGGUGGCUGGACCUAUGUCGGUAACGAACAAUUAGGUUCAAGUAUGGUCCAGGGAAGGAGUAUCAGAUAA